AUGUCUUUAAACCUUAAAACACCCCGUACCUCGAAAACCACUGCUAAUACAUGGGAUGAAACGGAUGAGGAAGAGCCUUCAAGGCUUCCAAAAAAUUACGACCAUCUCGAGAGGGAUGAUGAAUCUUCUCUUCCUCCCGAACCAAGAAACAUUUGGCAGCGCAUGGACUCGAAAUUUCAAUCUCGGGAUGAUUUGGAAUUUCUACUCAAUGAGGAUUUGCUUUUGGAAAUUGAAAAACAAUAUCUGAAAUCAAACAACAAACACAAGAAUUCCUCUCCUAUUACCUCCACCAAGAUUAAAGAUGAAAACACUCCAUCUGAUCAAAAGCCUUCUUCAUCUCGAAACACUUCUCACAUUCUCAAUACUCUAUCUACUCAUAACUCUCAUCGCGUCUCGUCUCCACAACCGAUGGAAAUCAUUCAUAUCAUCAAAGGUGUGGUGAAUGCCACUGGUUCGAAUUGUUACAAAAUCAUCACCGAACAAUUUAUUAAGGAUAUUGUAAACAUUACCAAAACAAGUUUAAUGUGGAUCACUAAUAUAUCUAAAACUGACAAUUCAUCAUGUAUUUUGGAAUUGAAAAGCAUUUCGUCGCUAAAGAAGAAAAUAUCUCCUUGCGAAAAAGUAGUUCGAAUUUCUGUUUACUCCUCUCAGAAGGGAAGACCAAGAAAAUGCAUGGUCUCUACUUCUCACCAUCCUAAUUUCGGAUUUAAAGUAUUAACGGAAGAGUGGAUCUUUGAGCCUCAUUUUCAAAAAGAUGAAUCUUUGCUUCCUGACACCAUCACUUUUCAAGAGCAUUUGGUUUUAAGAUAUUUAUGUUUAACUUUCAUUGGAUCUCAAACUUUUUCGAGUACACAUCGAAUGAAGCAUUUGUCAGUAACAUUGGAAGAUAACAUUUCAAAUGAUGAUUAUUUGGAAAUGGUCAGACAAGAAAUUAAACAAGUUGUGGACGAUGGAGCAGAAGGGAAGACGGAAACAUCAAAAAAUGCAGCGAAACCAAAGCAUCAACAUGACAAUCAUGAUACCAAAACAUCAAUGUCGGGACAUUUACCAUUUGACUCAACGCGUUCCAACUCAUCACAAGAAAUGCCAAUGAACAAAGAAAUUGAGAACAAUUAUGAAUCAACAUCAAACCAAAUGUUGUUGAAAAUUUUAAAUACAAGUACGCAAAGUGAUCAAUUUACAAAUGAUUCAUUAUUAGAAGAUCUGGACAAUUUGCGAGAUGAAAUGAAAAGAUCUAAUGUUAGUAUUGAUAGCAAUAAUGAUACUAUUGAACCCUACAAGAGUGCUGCUGGUAGUGAGAAUGAGAACAAUGUUACUCCGUUGGAUGAUGAUGAACAUUCGAAUCAACAACAACUCACAGAUGAGGAAUUAAUUCAAAAGGAAAUUGAAGAAAUUGAAGCAAAAUUAAUGGAAAAGAAACAAAAAUUAGAUUCAUUGAAUAAUUCACCUGUCAAGAAUUUGGUAUCCUCUACUUAUUCUAUUAGUAGUAGCAAUCAUCAAAAAGUUUCAAGUCAUAAGAGUAGUUCAGUAAGUCAACAAGGACACCACCAUGGUGAUGAUGGGGGUACUUUGAAAAGUACCACUACUCUUGAUACGAACAGAGUUGAUGAUUCUCUGAGAGUACUCAAUUCCAUUGCAUGUAGUAGUGAUUCUAAUGAUGACAAUGAUAUUCAAAAUGAAACACAGAAUCAUGAAGAUGUCAUUACCUCCCAUAUACCACCAGCACAACAACUAACAAAGAAUUUAAAAUCACUUUCCACCAAAAAAAUCAAGACCACAGAAACACUUUCAUUCUCACAACAUUCCAAUAGUGGUGGUAGUAGUGGUGGUAUAAGUGGUGGUGAACAAAGUACAAUGAAAUUGAAGGAUUCUUCUUUACAACCCAUCGUUUUGAACAUUCCCAAUCAUGGAAAUGAAUUAAGGAAAUCAUUCUCUCACAACAACAAUCCAUCAACUAUUAAGGCCACAACAACAACUAGUCGAAUGAAGAACGAUCAAGUACCUUCCAAGAGUAAUCACUUUGAAAAAGUCUCUUCUUCACUACAUCAUCAACAACAACCACAGUAUAUGAAUCUUAACAGUGGUAGUAAUGUUAGUGGUGGAACUAAUUCUAAAACAUCUAUCCACAAACAACAAACAUCAAUGAAAGAUUCUAAUAAUUCUAUGUCAACAGCAACUAUGAUUGACAUUUCCUCUCUCAAUAAUAAUAUUGUGUACAACAACCAUAACAAUUCCACUACUACUACUCAUUUCCAACACAAUUCUGACACGACGGUUAGACAAACUUCAAAUCAUUUAAUUGUCAUUGAAUUUUCUCCAAACAAUUCAAAACAUGAAUUAGAUCAGAAAGAUGACAAGAAUACCAUUCUUCCAAGUAGAAAACUACCAAAUUCAUCUCUUCUUCAUUUUCUCUAUGACAUAAAAAAGAAAAAACAACAACAACAAUUAUGGUUAUCAAAUCAUCACAUUGGAAACAACAAUGAACAGAUACUACCGUUUCUCUCCAAAGAAAAGACAAUUCAAGAAAUUCAUGAGAGACCUCAAAGAAAUGUUCAAGAAUUGUUAAAGAAUGACUCUAUGGAUUCCAUGAUGAUGAAUGAAGAACCAUUCGUGCCAACAUCAUUAAGAAACAAUAAUAACAGUUCUGAUGAAUUGGUGAAUCCUUCAUCACAAAAUGAACCGCUCUCAUCCAUGAAUAAGAAGAAUAAUAUGGAGGACUCCUUGAUCUUCACCAAUAGCGGUGGUGAUCAUGAUCAUCACUACUACACUAAUAAUAACGAUCAUUACGAUAAUAAUAAUAAUGGAACAACAAGUUGUCAUGAGGAUGGUGACACGAAUGACGACACUUCAAGCAAUGUCUCGAGUGAUAUUACUCUGACUGUAGUUGCUGAGGAUGAUGAUGAAUUGUUGGACAAGCCAUUCAAUUCAAUGAGUACUCAAAAGAGAAAUGAAAGGAUGUUGAACAACAUGAUGUUCUUCAAUGUACCUCCAUUUACCAUGUCUUACAAUACAACAAGUCCUCGAAAUAUGAAUGAUAGAGCAGGAGUUGAUCAUCAAGAUGAUGAUACGAGUAAUCCAUUAUUGCACACUGAAAGCAAUCCACUGAGUCAUCAUGACGAUGAUGAUGAUGAUGAUGAUAAGGAAGAUCAUGAGAAUGAGGAUAGUUAUUCGAGGAAUGAAUUUGAUGAUCCAAUGAACAACAUGACAUUAUUUUCAAGUCCAAAAAACACAAGAAUGACGAUUGGAAUUGGACACACACCCGUUAGAGCUCCACCAAGUCCACCCUUUAGAGUGAUUAAUGACGACGAUCAUGACACAUCUCAACCACAUCCAUCUUCUUCACCAAUUUUUGAUACAUCCUUGAGUUUAAGUAGUAAUAGUAGUACUAAUAAUGAAACCAUGAGGAUAUUAAAUGAGAAUGAUCAUUCCAUCUUGGAUGAUAUGGUGAAUCAUGGAGAGGGUGACAAGUCGUUCUUGUCAUUGUUUGAAGAGCAAGUUCAAGAACAUUCUCAAGCUGCACCUCAAUCGAACCAUUUGAAUAACAUCUGCAGCAAUCGUAGUAAUCUUGAUAUUUUGAAACAAUUAGAAGAGGAAAUGACCAAGUCACUCUUAGUCAUGGAAAACGAUGUCCUAACCGAGAACUCGACACUAGAACAAUCAUUAGUAGAGAAAUCUGUGUUGAAUGAAGAAGGAAGCAUGAAUUUCAUUGAGGAUUCUGUUGCUCCUCAACAAGAAGUACAUCAUGAUGACCCUUCACCUAAAGAUGAAAGAAUGACACUCAAAAAGGAGGAUGAACUCAUUGGAGCCAAUAAGGAGGAUGAAAAAAUGAAUGAUACUAGUCACCUGACACAAGUGUUUGGAGAAACCAUUCAAAUAGAUGAAGAAGAAGAACAAGCGAUGUCUAUCAUCAUGACAAACACAAUGGAUCCAAACGCUGCAACUGCCACGACCGCAAGUAGAACUUUUUACAACAUGACACUUUUCAAUGAUGCCCAAUCUCAACAUGAUGAAACACAUUCCCUGACUCGACAUUUCUCUGAGAAUCUUGAAGAUGAGCAUGAUAUUAUUCAAAGUUUUUUAGAAGAAAACAAUGCUACUUCCACAUCCGAUGAUUCCCCAAACGUAACUCCAAGAAAUCACAAGACUGCUAUUCCCUUCUAUUUAAGAAAUUCACAAUCAAGUCCUCUAUUUCACACUCCUUCUUUGAAUGAUGCAAACUCGUUAACAACAGAAAAAACUCCUUCUUUGAAUGCAAACAUGACAACAAAUACUCCUUCCUCAUUGUUAACACCCUCUCGUUUAUUACUCAAAGGUGAACCAACACGUUUAUUUUCUUUAAAGAAAGGAAUUGAAUGUUUUCAACACGUUUAUGAUAUGAAAAAGAAGAAUUUUAAGAAAUCUAAACGAUUGAUCAAGUUAGAUCGAGAUUCAAAAAUUUUAACCAUUUCAAGAAAAUCUCAGUUAUUCAAAAAGAGUGUUAAAAUUAAUAUUUACAAAGAUUUGAAAUGGUUGGUGUAUGGACCUUAUUCCAAGACGUUUAAAGAGGAAAUUGCUUUACAACAAGCUCUACCACACUCAUUGGUACCAUGGAAAUGUUUUUCAAUGGUGACCGUUCAUGGAAUUUAUUGUUUUGAAAUAUCCAAUCAGGAUAAGGAAUUAGAUGAUUUAAUUUUAGGAUUACAAUUCUUAACGCAAUCUUGCAUGCCAUCGGAUCGACCCAUCUAUACAAAACAUUCAUUGGUCAUGAAGAGAUUGUUGUUGAAAAGAGAAUUCAAAUCUUUUCAUGUGGAGACCUCCAAUGUCUCUCAUUCUCUCUCGAAUCACCCAGAAUCUCAAUGA